AUGGCCCACGUUCGUCGAACAAUAUACUUCCUUUCCCAAGUCUCGCUCUCACCUCCACUCCGCCUAACACGUCUAACAACUCCUCCAUCCCAAGAUUUCUACUCCCAAUCCUCCCCCAACAGCGAAAUAGCCCACAACCUCCUUGUCCAAGCACGAGUAACUUCUCCAAACUACAUCCAACUGGAAGACCAAAAACUACACUUCCUCCGCUCCGAAAAACAAAAGGUCGCAGUGUGCGAUACUUCAACUUGGACGUUUACCAAGCAUGAAGUUGCGAUUGCUUUCGAUACGCUGAUGGAUCAGCCCGUUUUGCCUCCUGCGGGUGUGGCACAGGCUUUGUUGACGGCAGUGGAUUUGAAGUCGUUGGGAGAGCUUUGGGCGCAUUUGGGUGAUGCGACGCUGGAGAAGAGGAUGAAGAGUAAGCGGGUGAGUGUGGAGUUUGAUGAUGGUGGGAUGCACUGGUUGGAUAAAGCUGUGUCGCAUGAUAAUGUGAACUACAUCCACCUUCUCUGCCAGAUGCAAGCCAGUCAGAAGAUUAUGGACAGAGCGUUUGGUAUCGCCUUGUCCAAACCAUCUCUACGGGCGAUGAAACUGCUUCUCAGCUUCGGAGCCGUGGCUUCUGGGUUUGGAGACACGAUCAAUGAUGAGAUCAAGGAACAGAAUUUUGAGUUGGUGGAACUGCUGCUAUCGGCUCCUAAUUCUAUGGACGAUCAAACAUGGAAAGAAUGCCUCGAUGAAGAGUUCUCUAGAGCUGAGGCUGGAGGCUGUUUGUCGAUAUCGUUUCUUCUACUUCUUCUCUCCAACCGCCCAGGUCUGGCUUCUGACACGCUCUUGCUCGGCGCUCUUCGACUACACAACGUCCAAGCCACAGCAAUCAUCCUAGCAUACGGAACCUCCAAUGAGAUGUUUCUCAGCAUACGUCAUCAGGCAUGCGAGCUCGUAUCACACUGUCAAGACGACUAUGACCGAUUUAUGCUGUUCAAGCUCCUCUCCGAUUCCGACCUCGUCGAAGACAGCUUGCCUCUCCGCCAGGAACUCGUCAAAGACACGAAAGCACGUCACAUCCCACUCGUCAAACUUCUCGUGCAGGCGGGCGUUGAAGUAGUUGCAGCCCUAAAUUGGGCUGUCUCUUAUGUUGAUAUUGAGUUGAUCGAGAUUCUCGAAUGCGGAAGUCGGUCUUCUUGA